CACGCUCUGCUCCCCCUCUCUGCCCCCUCCCCAGGCGAUGGAGAGCAAGCUGCUCAUCGGGGGCAGGACCAUCGUGGACCACACCAACGAGCAGCAGAAGAUGCUGGAGCUGCGGCGGCAGGAGAUCGCCGAGCAGAAACGCCGGGAGCGGGAGAUGCAGCAGGAGGUGCUGCUGAGGGACGAGGAGACCAUGGAGCUGCGGGAGACCUUCACCUCCCUGCAGCAGGAGGUGGAGAUCAAAACCAAGAAGCUGAAGAAGCUCUAUGCCAAGCUGCAGGCCGUGAAGGCCGAGAUCCAGGACCAGCACGACGAGUACAUCCGAGUGCGCCAGGACCUGGAGGAGGCCCAGAACGAGCAGACCAGGGAGCUGAAGCUCAAGUACUUGAUCAUCGAGAACUUCAUCCCUCCCGAGGAGAAGAACAAGAUCAUGAACCGCCUCUACUUCGACGGCGACGAGGACCAGUGGAAGUUCCAGCCUCUGGUGCCCACCGGAGGGAACAGCUCCCAGAUGAAGAGGCGCCCGACCUCCGCCGUGGGCUACAAGAGACCCAUCAGCCAGUACGCCCGGGUGGCCAUGGCCAUGAGAUCCCACCCCCGCUUCCGGGCUGAGAACAUCAUGUUCCUGGAGCUGGACCUGUCCCCCCCGGCCAUCUUCGAGUUCGAGCGGAGCGGGGACACGGCGGAGCAGGACCCGCGGGCGCUGCACCUGGAGCGGCUGAUGCGCCUGGACAGCCUCCUGGAGCGGCCGGCGGCCUCCCGCCUGCGCAAGUCUCGCUCCUGGUGCCAGACGCCGCGGUCGCUGCCCUCCUCCACCACCCACGUGUCCCUCACCUCGGGCGCCGCCUGUGCCGCCGCGAUGCCAGCUCAGAUGCCAGCUCAGAUGCCAGCUCAGGAGUGACGUCCCCAGAGCCCCCGGUCCGGACUGAGCCCCAGGGGGCCGAGGGAGGGCCCCGCUCGUCCUUGUCUGCAGCUGCUUUGUGUGCGUGUGUUUGUGAGACACGAACGGCCCGGCGGGGGACCCGCCCCUCCUUCCUUCCCUCCCUCCCUCCCUCCCUCCCCCCCUCCCUCCCCGUGCCCCUCCCCGGCCCGGAUCUGUCACUUUAUUUAUUUAACCUAUUUAUUUAUGGAGUGGUUGAUGGCGGAGGCA